CCGAAGGGGGAGACGCCCUUGUGCCCAGGCGGUGCGGAGCGUCCGGUCCGCUCAUAUAUUACCCAGUCAAACAGCAGCUGCAUUAGCUGCUGGAGGAGGAGAGGGGUUGAAACGUAGCGACAAAAGCACACCAAUGUUUCCGGAAACACGGAGCCGGGCAGGGAAGAGCAAUGUGUCAUUGUGAAGUGUGUGUGUUUCUGUAAACAGCCUGCUUCCUUGGGCUCACCUCCCUAAUUUAAUGUGAAUUAUUAGCUAAUUAAGACCCACCUUUUGUUUUAAAGGACUACCAGUUUCGUUUUGCAAGCCGCAGGCUGUAAAAGCUGGAGGUUUUCGGUUUUGGGGGUAGGACUAUUAGGGGUUCGGUCAGGUUGUACAGUUUGAGAUUAUUGACAUUCUAGUUAGUGUUUAUUUAAUGCCAUGGCAGGUGAAGAGCCUGCCUUGCCUCUCUGUACCCGCUUGUCGUACGCGGUGGGCCACUUUCUCAAUGACUUGUGCGCGUCCAUGUGGUUCACUUAUCUCUUGGUUUAUUACCACACGGUCUUGGCCAUUAACAACUACAACGCGGGUAUCCUGUUGCUGGUCGGGCAGAUAGCGGACGGAAUCUGCACCCCGCUCAUCGGCUAUGAGUCUGACCGCACUGCCGGCUGCGGCAAAUACGGCAAAAGGAAAACGUGGCAUCUUAUUGGAAGCAUCAGUGUCCUUCUAUCCUUCCCCUUUAUUUUUAACCCUCCAGUGGGCGGCAGUGAAAACAUUCCACAGUGGGCUGAGCUCAUUUACUUCGUUCCGUUUAUUGUCGUAUUCCAGUUUGGGUGGGCUGCGACACAGAUCUCCCACCUCUCCUUGAUACCAGAGCUUACUCUGAACAACCAUGAGAGGGUUGAGCUCACUGCUUUUAGGAAUGCUUUUACUGUUGUAGCCAAUAUAGCAGUUUUUGGGAUUGCGUGGUUGCUGUUUCACUUUCAAGCUGCACAUUCGGAUCCCGAUGUUGAUAACAGUUUGGGCAAACAGGAUAUUCCCUUAUUCAGGACAUUGGCUCUGAUUGUUAUUGGCAUUGGGUUUGUAUCUUCUUUGGUGUUUCAUAUUGGAACACGUGAGGAGGUGAAAAAUGAAGAGGAACGUGCUGUCACUGAACAGACGCCACUCAUCGAUGGUUCCAAGAAGAGCCAUGGCCAGCCAUUGCUGCAGUGGAAACAUUGGUUGAAGGAAGCAUCUUUCUAUCAUGUGGCAUUUGUGUAUAUGUGCACUCGACUGAUCAUCAACCUCUCUCAGACCUACAUUGCCAUGUAUGUAACCUACACUCUGAAACUUCCAAAGAACUACAUUGCCAUGAUCCCUCUCAUGAUGUAUAUCAGUGGGUUUCUGUCCUCCUUCCUCAUGAAACCUGUGAAUAUAUGGUUUGGCAGAAAUAUGACCUACUUUUUUGGGCUUGCAUUUAUCCUGGCAUUUGCUUAUUGGGUCUGGUUUUUUCAGCUAGAGAAGGGCAUCUUUGGUGCAGCAGUCCUUCUCGGCACUGGUUCUACCACGAUCCUAGUGACCUCCCUCGCCAUGACUGCCGAUCUCAUUGGAGAAAACACACAAAGUGGGGCCUUUGUCUAUGGUUCCAUGAGUUUCACAGAUAAAGUAGCCAAUGGUCUUGGAGUGAUCAUUAUUCAGGGUCUUCACCCCUGCAAGACUGAAAGCUGUUGUGCACAAUGUAGUCCAUUCUACCACUCGGUGAUGGCAUUAGUGACUGGUGGCAUUGCCUGUGCAGCAUUGGUUUCUUUAGCAGCUACCCGAAUUUGGCCAAUCAAGAUUAGGAGAUGUCAUGAUCCUGGGCUGAUAGGAUCUUCUGCAACUGAGAAGAGCAUAGAUUCCAGUGACUAUGGAGGCAUUAAUUAAUGGACUUACUUUGCCAGACAGUGAAAUAAGAAACCCUUGUACAACGCACCAUAACAUCUAAACUUUAUUGCUUUAGGGCAAUCAUACUUUGUGUUCUGGAGCUGGUUUAAAAUCUGCCCCUUUCAGCUAGCAUUUGUCAGUACGGGGUCCACUUAACUGCUCUAAUGAAUUUGAAUGUAAAAAAACUUUGUACAGGAAGUUAGUCACAUUGUUAUUGCUUUGUUUCUUAAAUCACCUGAUUAUAGAAUUGAGAACAGUGAUAAUAAGAAUGACCUCUACUUCCUUUCUAGUCACAAGAUUUUUAAUGCCUUUGCACUUUCUAGUCAGUGGUUUGCACUUUUUUUUUAAAUUGGGAAUUUCAUUCUUUAGAUCACUUUGUCUUGUGUAAAACAGCAUUUUCAGAAAUCUGCUUUAAGAUGUAGUAAAUUUGCCAGCGUAACUGAGCUCACUUUGUGCAACAGAGGCUACACCUAGCAAUUGCAGACUGUGAACUGUAGCAGCCCAUGAAAAAGGGAAACAGCAAUGAAGCAGGGUCUGGGAUCUUGAUUGUUUGAAUAACCAAAUACUCAAAUGAACCUUUCACAUCACCAUGUAGGUGUACAAGAUUAUGAAUGGAACUGACUGGAUACUGCUAGUCACUAAGUAAAAAUGUUACACACUUGACACAAUUAAAAUACUAAUUUUUUUCUA